CGGUCCCUGAGUGAGUCCCAGUAUGAUGGUGUAGAUGAGCCCCAGUCGUGAGUCAUUGUCACCCCCGGCGGCACCUCCUCCACGUGUCCCGGCCGUUACUCAAUGGGGCUAUUUCUAAGCACACCGGCCCCGCCAUUCAACAAGCAGGACACGUCUGCAUGACUCCCGCACUGACGUCAUCCCUCCGAUAGGUCCGAACGGCUGCCGAACCCUCGCCCCGCGUUCGGAGAUUUCCGUCAAGCUUCGGGCGAGCCCAGCUCUAUCCCUCCCCCUGCAGGCCGACAGUCUCCGCUACAGAGCAGCCUAGGAGCCGUACUGCGCAUGUCAGGCGGCCAUUUUUCCCCUGCUUCUCCUCCCCUCACUGAGCAGCUAUCCCCGGCUGGCAGCCGCCGUCCUCCAAUGCCGUGUUAGAUUAAGAAAAAGGGGGAGGGAGGCACAGGCGCCGUGUAACAGGGAGCCGGAGCCCAGAGACACUGCGAGAGAAAAGAAAGGCAGAGUCACGGCGGAUAGAUACGGAGAGGAGUCCAUGAGCCACCGGCCCCCUCAGCACUGCGCCCGCUGAUCCGGAUCUACCACUUGUCUGGGGGCAGGGGGGUGUCAACGGAGACGGCGGCCACAGCGGCUAAUUGUGUGUCUCCCCCCCGUCUGCUAUAGAAGAUGGGGCCGCCGCCGGGCCCCGGCCAGGAGGAGUGUUGAUGACUGUCAGUGAUGGCCGCGUCCGCCGGCUGCAUCGUCCCAGCCAUCUCCUCAGCCCGCAGCAUCCCUGUCAUCAGCGCCCGCCGGCAGCCGGAGCCCACACCGCAGCCUAGCGACACCCCGGUUCCAGGGCUACCAGCCGCGCUGCCCUCCCCGAGGAGUGAUCUGUCAUUCCAGGGACCGUGCUGAUCGCUGGGGGAGACAGAGGGAGGGAAGUGACACUGCGGCUCUACAUCCGUGUAUUGUACACACGUCCACAGCUCCAUCCAUAGAGCUCAGCGGGAGAGUCGUGCGCCCCCUCACCCGGGAAACACAUCGCGCACAUUUGGAGGAGUGAAGGUGGGUGGGCUGAGAGCUAGAGGAGGAGAAUCACCAUGCACCAGCCCGAUCCAUCUGCAGAUCUGACUGCCAGGAAGAUGGCGCACCCGGCAGACAUCCCCAGGAGGGGCAGUGGGGUCAGUGGGCACCUGCUGUCCUCUGAGGAUUACCAGCCUCUGCCACCUGCAUCCUCCUCUCCUGGACCUCAGCAUCCUCCUCAGACCCUAAACCUGAUGGCACAGCCUGUGGCACAGAUCAAGAAGAAAAGUGGCUUCCAGAUCACCAGUGUCACCCCGGCUCAGAUCUCUGCCAGCAUGAGCUCCAAUAAUAGCAUCGCUGAGGACACCGAGAGCUACGACGACCUGGAUGAGUCGCACACCGAAGACCUGUCGUCCUCCGAGAUCCUGGAUGUGUCAUUGUCCAGGGCCACGGAUCUUGGUGGUCCAGAGAGGAGCUCCUCCGAGGAAACCUUGAAUAACUUUCAAGAAGCUGAGACCCCCGGAGCGGUGUCUCCCAAUCAGCCGCAUCUUCACCAACAUUUACCUGCGAAUGUCCAGCAGAACAUCAUGAUAAAUGGGAAUGUGCACCUUCCCCAUCAUCUUCAUCACCAUGGACUUCCUAUGCCUGCCCAUCACAGCUUAUCCAGUGCCUCUGUUUCUGCCACUGCUCAGAAUCCAGCACCUGUGAAACUGGCUACCCCAGGAACUACGGAUAAUCCAGCUGUAGCACCUGCACCUUCUGUUGCUGUUCCUGCGGUGGGGACAAUGCCGCCUAUGGCACGUAAGGCCAGUGGGCCUGUUAGUGCGGGUGUCAAUCCUAUUACAGGUAGCGGGACAACUCACAAUGUUACUAUUCCAAAUGUAAGCAGCAUGACUGCUCCUUUGCCCACUAGUGUAAAUAUUAGCUCCGCCAGUGUGACAAGUACUAGUAAUGUAAGUGCUGUCUCUGGAAAUGUUAAUCCACAUAUAGGCUCUUCUGGCAAUGGAAGUAUUGCUGCGUCUAGCAUACCUAACAAUGUUUCUAAUGCACCUGUAGGAGCAGCCGUGGCACCGGCUGCAGGGCAGCACCAGGCGGCACCAUCAGCAGCUGCCACCUCUAGGUUUAGGGUUGUAAAAUUAGACUCCAGUUCAGAACCGUUCAGGAAGGGCAGAUGGACUUGUACGGAGUUCUAUGACAAAGAAAAUGCAGCAGCUGCUUCAGAGGGAGCCGCAGUCAACAAAGCAGUGGAGAGCAUUAAACAAAACCCACUUGAGAUGACGUCUGAGCGCGAGAGCACCAGUGGGAGCUCAGUAAGUAGCAAUAUCAGCACUCUGAGUCACUACACAGAAAGUGUUGGAAGUGGCGAAAUAGGGGCACCUGCAAUGCAAGGAUUUCAGGUACUGGCACCUCAACAGAUGGACUUUAGCAACCCGCUUGUCCAGAAUGUACCACCUUCAAACAUACCGCAGAGUGUUUCACAGUCUCAGCUUGCACAGUUACAGAUGCAUUCACAAGAUGCCACUUAUUCUCCUCAGAAACAAGUAGGACAGGCUGCUCCAGCUACCAUGAAUGCUCCUGUUGGUGUACAGUCCGCUGCUGUCAAUAUACUUGGUGUACCAUCUUCUUUAGGGCAUCAACAGCCAGCAGUUUCUACUAUGAUCCCACAACAGUUGCCAUAUCCUCAGCCGGCACAGCCCUUACAAAAUCUGCCUACUGUUCAACCAACGCAAACAAUACAAUAUGCACACCCACAGACCGCUCCAACUCAGAUGACUACUGGGCACGUCAUGCCAACAAAUCAAAGUUCUGUUCCAGGGAGUUUACCGGAAUACAUACAGCACCCACAGAUACUUCAAACUGGAGUUGCACCUGUACCUACACCUUCAGCAGGAGUGGGGGGUAGUACUGCCACAGCUGUACCUGUUGUCCAAGCACAAGUUUUACAGGCACAGAUCCCGUCUGCAUCGGCACAAGCACCGCCAACCUGUGUAGCUUCAACCCAGCCUGUGGUACAUGCUCAGACAGCCAUUCAGUCAACUGGCGGUCAAGUGGUAGGUGUUGGCCAACAGGGAAAUCUGCCAACUCCAGCACACCAGGUAUCUACCAGUCAGACUACACAAUCUGUAAUUCAGCAAAAUGUUCCAGCUCCUUCUCAGACGGUACUGCCACCCACACAAGGUAUACAGGUUGGCGCUUCUACCCAUCCACCUCCUGUAAUGAUGGCACCCCAGAAUCCUUUGCUCCCCUCAAAACCUCCUACACAACUUCUUGAACCUGCUGCUGUACAGGGAAUGACCACUCAACAAGUACCUGCAGUCAGUCCUAUACCUGCACCCAAUGUUCCAGCACCCCAGCAGCUUGGGACAAAUCUACCUACUGGAAUAGCUCCAGCAGCGACGACCCUGGGCCCACAACCACCUACAGUUGCUCAAGUACCAACAGCGCAAAAUGGGAAUUUAGUCCAAAGUGGAAAUCAAGCUCCAGUGAUGGCAAGUUUACCACUUGCCCAAAAUGUGCACCUUCAGAUGAUUGGCAGUGCUAGUCAGUUCUUGGCGCCAUCUCUCAUUCAGUCCGUGGCAGGCCAGAUUGAAGAUGCCAGGCGUUUAAUGGAGCAACAAAUGGCGGGUCUACCACAUGUGGGUGAAGGGGCCUCUCUGGAUAUGCACGGUUCGGGAUCUUUACUGCCUUUGAAGUCCUUGCCUCUGACAACACCUCUGGUUGAUGGAGAAGAUGAAAGCGCCUCCGGUGCCAGCGUGGUAGCGAUCGACAACAAGAUUGAGCAAGCCAUGGACCUGGUGAAGAGUCACCUGAUGUACGCAGUCAGAGAAGAAGUUGAAGUCCUCAAAGAGCAAAUCAAGGAGCUGAUAGAGAAGAACUCACAGCUGGAGCAGGAGAACAGCUUGUUGAAGACCCUGGCAAGCCCCGAGCAGCUCGCCCAGUUCCAGGCUCAGCUUCAGAAUGGUUCUCCACCCUCCUCCUCUUCUUCAUCAUCCUCACAGCCUGCAGCAAGCACUUCCACACCGGCACAGCCAGCCUCACAAAUUUCGGGCCCAUCUGCGUAGCAGCUUUACUUCGAAUACCUUGCAAAUGGGGCUGACAUAUCCAGCGAGCAUACAUAUCCACCAUCCUGACAAGUGCCGAAGAGUUUUGUUACCAUCAGGUCUUAUUAUGUAGGAGAGCCCCAUGUAUAAUACCAUCUGAUGGUAACAUGGUUUUGAGUGCUUUAAAAGCUUGGAGUUUGACAUUUACUGAGGAGGUGGCCAGAAUCUCAGCCUUCUUUUAUAGCUAUGAAGUGUCCUAAUAAUUUCAGUGACUGCCGAAUUCACAAGAUUCCCUCACCCUUGGAUGUGCCUCUGAUCUUCACUUAUUUAUAAGGAGCAGGUGGAAAUCCGUGCCUCCCGCUCUUCUACCGCUGUCCACGAAGUUGCAUACAUCCAGUUUUCAGUAUUAAAGAACUGUCUCACUCCACCUCCUUUGAAGCGUGUUGCGUUGGACUACAGUGGACUACAAGCGAUAGCGUAAAUACACGGGACACUGCAUUGUAUGCGAGCUGUGAUUUCUUCAAACACAUUUUCCUUAUUUGUUUUUUUUAAUUAAUUAUUUUAUUGUAUUCUGCCCGUGACCUGCACGGUUGUAAACAAUGCAAGUAUGGUUGGGCAUCGAGGUGGGAAAGCUGUGGAAUUGGACUGGAAGUAACUUGAGCUGUUUGCUCCUCUGCAGCAAGGAGGAGAAUUGUAUGCCACAUGGACACAUUCCCAGUGGAUAAAGGUAUAUUGAAGUGUACUCCUGGUUAUCUACCAUUGGUCGGCUGAGCCCUUCAUUUGCAAUAUCUUUUAUUGAUAGGAUUGGAUACACUGAUCCGUUCUGAGAAGAUGCUGUUGGAAUAUUAUUAUUAUUAUUAUUAUUUCGAUGAAGUUAAUUUGCCUACUGUAUAUUUGUGUAUGUAGUGUAAGUACUCUGUAAAAUAGGAAAAACUUGUAAGUACUACUUAGGGUGUACAGAUUGAAAUUUAGUGGUUUCAUUGGCUGAAAUGAAAUUUUUUUUUUCAUAUUUUUUAUUUUAUAAAGCUGCUACCCUUUACGUGGCGAGAAGAACUGGAGAUGUAGGUUCUCUUGGCACUAAAGGUGAUAGCCAAGAGCACACCUGCACAACUGUUUAGGGUAGAGUUAGGCCACAUGUGGCUCUUUAGUUGUUAUCCAAAUAAGAGUCUUGCAGCAUGCGCUGUCAGCUACCAAUUGGCAGAUCAUGCUGGGACUUGUGGUUCAACAAAAGCUGUAGAGUCAUAGGUUAGUACAAUCUGGAUGAGAUCAUGGCAGAUUCAUGCCACGUUUAGUGUAUUCUUUUCUUGAAUUUGCCUUGGCUGGUGAGUAUCUUUUUCAGAAAUAAAAUCCAGUUCACUGAAGUUAGUUUUUGUUUUUUGGUUUAAUCACUCCAGAUACUGACCACUUUCUGCUAACAUAAUGGAAUAUUUGAGCUGUAAGGUAGUAUGCAUACGUUGUGCAUGUUCUCUAAACAGUUGUAACACGUCAUUGUAUUUAACUGUUGCACUUGUCAACUUUCAAUAAAGCAUACAUUGUUGGUAAAGAAGA